AAUAAUUAAGUACAAAUAAAAAAAUCAUUGCAGCUCGUAGUGAAACAAAAGAAAAACACUUCUUCCUAUUUGUCUCGACUUGCACAUCGUCAUUUUUCUUCUUAUUUUCAAUAUCUACAUCCUCUACACUCAUUCCCUAUCCUAAAUCUUGCCAUUAAUUAAAAGCUCCUGAAGAAGGCGAAAUACGUAUAGAAUGAUUAGUGAAGAUACUGAUAAACCAACUGAAACAGUUUUCCAAGUCGUGUUUAAUAUUUAUUGUACGGUUUUAUUACGUUGUUAAAGAUUGUAAUGGUGUUAAAUGAAGUUUACAAUAAAUUUAAACAAAUUCGUUAUUUUAUCUGGAAGCAGUUUUUUUUUAACGCGAUACGUCGUCGUGGCAAGUGGCAAUUUGUUAAUUUCAGUCGGUAUGGAAUUCUUUAUGAAUGGCGGUAAAACAUCUUGCUGGUUGGGCUUGAAAUCAGCGGCAAAGGAUUAAAAGCACCACAAUGGGCGAUAUGGCAUAAUACGUAGAGAGCCCAAGGCUCGAAGGAGCGGGAAUCCUGGCUGCUAGUGUCGUAGUGGGGGUACAAGUGGCAGAGAUACCGGCUCAGCUUAUCGUGGAAAAGCCGGCAAUCAUCAUUUGCUUCCGACCACUGAGUGUCGCUGCAGCAAAGCUAUCCAAUUCUUGACUGAGAUCAGCUGUGCGCUCUGGUUUUCAAACCACAGUCAUUUCCACAACUCGAAAAGCAUUUUAAUUCUUUUUUUACUGUUACCGUGUAGUUAUUAUAAUAAACAAACUGUAGUGUACUUGUCUGUGAUUCAAAUAUACGUGCGGUAUUGGAACUUGAAAGAUACAACAGUAAAAAAAAACAAAAAGAAACAAUAAAAUUAAUCUUUGGACUGCAAAUAUGAUGGACUUGUUCUGUUGCGAAACGCCAGAAAACAGGGCCUAUCCGGACAAAGUUUUGCUCACCAAGCGCGUGCUAGUUAAUAUUUUGAAGAUCGAAGAGCGAUAUGCCCUUCUUUCCAAUUGUUUUCCUACUGUGCAGACCGAGGUGACCGUUCAAAUGAGAAAAAUCGUUGCCGAUUGGAUGAUGGAGGUUUGCGAAGAACAAAGCUGUCAAGACGAAGUAUUCCCUUUAGCAAUGAAUUUUAUGGAUAGGUUUUUAAGGGUUUGUUGCAUAAGACCAUUACCUGCCCAAACAUUAGUCUUUUAUACCGAUCACAGUAUCACCAUAGAGCAACUCAGGAAGUGGGAAAUUCUAGUCUUAAGCAAAUUAAAAUGGGACGUUGCAGCUGUAACACCCCAGGACUUCCUGAGGCAUAUUUUGUGGAGGUUACCCGUCGAAUCCGUAGGAAUCAAUUAUGAUAUUGUAAAUAGUCAUGCGAAGACGCUCAUAUCUCUCUGUGCGCGAGAAUUCGAGUUUACGAGGUACCUUCCAAGUAUGAUAGCGUGUGGAAGUGUGGUAUCGGCCCUGUGCGGUUUGGGGUGGAUGGCAAAAAGCGGAAGAAAUUUGACAGACCUACUUAAAAUGUUGCACGAAAUCACGUCGAUUGAACAGGAAUUCAUAUACGAGUGUUUCAAGCAAAUAGAAAACAUGGUAAGUCAAUCGGCGUCGUCUUCGAAUUGCGUCCCGUGCGCUCCCGAGACUGAUAACUCAUUGUACGGACUGCGACCUGACGAAUUCACACCCCCGCCAUCGGCGUCCGAUAAACUACAAGAACAAGAGUCCGCUGGUACUCCUACCGAUGUGAGAGAUGUCCACUUUUGAGAAACUGUAAGGUGAUAUAUUAUACAAACCUAUAUAUAAAUGGGUGGCCAUGACGGCAUUUUUAUAUGUAAGUAGAAAUAAAUAGACGGAUUUGAUGGAUGGUACCGAAAAAAAAAAAAAGGAAACAAAUACGAUAGAAACGUGAAAGCUUUAAAACAAAGGCCCUACAUUGAUUUUAAAACACGCAUAGCAGUGCCAUAUUUUUUUUUUGCAUCAAUAGUAACAGUUUUAAGAACGGAAAACGUUGUGCAAUAUUACUUAUCGUUAAUCAAAUA